UCCCGCCGCCGACCCCGCUCCUCCGGCGCGAAAGAUGCUGCGGCUCUGCCUGCUCGCCGCGCACGCUCUGCGGCUCGCCGGGGCGGCCUUGCUCUCCCCCGGGUCGUGCGCAUUCGAGGACAGCGCCUGCGGAUACCAGUGGGACUACGCGCAUCUCCCCUGGGCGCUGCACGGGGAAGGACAUUAUAUUUCUGUGGAUACAUCUUAUGAGGGUGAGAAAGCAGUGCUGUACAGCCCAGAUCUGUACUCGGAGGAGUGGAGCUGUGUCAGACUGAUUUAUCAGCUAGCAACGACUUUAGAGACUUCACAUGAUCCCACCAGGCUUAACCUGUACCUGAGGCAGGAAGGAGAAAGUUUUGAUCGUUUGCUGUGGUCAGCCAAGGAGCCCUCAGACAGCUGGCUCAUAGCUAGCUUAGAUUUAAUGAACAGCACAAAGAAGUAUAAGCUUGUACUGGAAGGUGAAAUGGGACAAGAUAAAUCUGGCAGUAUAGCAAUUUUUGAAAUCAAAAUAACUCCUGGAUAUUGUAUGGAAUGUGACUUUGAAGAAAAUCAUCUUUGUGGUUUUGUGAACCGCUGGAAUCCCAAUGUCAACUGGUUUGUUGGUGGAGGGAACAUUCGCAAUUCUCAGUCUAUCCUGCCCAAGGACCACACACUUAACAGUGCACUGGGUCACUACAUGUAUGUGGACUCUGUUUAUGUCAAAGAUUUUCAGGAAGUGGCCCAGCUAAUCUCACCAAAGACAACAGCCCCAAUGUCUGGAUGCUUAUCUUUUUACUAUCAACUUAAGCAGGAGAGCAGCAUCGUUUUUACUGUUUACUUGAGAGACGUGAGUGGCUUUUAUGAAGAGAUCUGGAAAACAGACACUGCUCUGAGUACAGACUGGGCACUGGCAGAAGUUGACUUCAAUGCACCAUACCCCAUGGAGGUAGUAUAUGAAGUUGCUUUCAACAGCGCCAAGGGAGGUUACGUUGCCCUUGAUGACAUUUCUUUCUCUCCGGUUUACUGCAGCAAUCAGACAGGAACUCCUUUCGAUCCUGCCAAUGCAGGCUGCAAUUUUGAGGAAGAUCUGUGUAAUUUUUACCAAGAUCAAAAAGAUGGCCCAGGAUGGAGCAGAGUGAAAGUGAAGCGCAAUGUUUAUAGAGCAGGAGAUCACACUACUGGGUUUGGUUAUUACCUGUUGGCAAACACUAAAUAUACAACACAGCCUGGGUACAUUGGACGUCUGUAUGGCCCUACCCUGCCAGGAAACUUGCAGUUUUGUCUGAGUUUUUAUUAUGCCUUAUAUGGGUUUUUCAAAAUGAGUGGCACUCUUGCAGUUUAUAUCUUUGAGGAGAAUCAUGUCGUUCAAGAGAAAAUCUGGUCUGUCUUGGAUUCUCCAAAGGGAGUUUGGACUAAAGCUGAAAUCUCCUUCAAAAAGCCUAUGCCUUGCAAGGUUGUCUUUGUCAGCUUGUGUAAAAGCUUUUGGGACUGUGGACUUGUGGCACUGGAUGAUGUAUCACUGAGCCUGGGAACUUGUCAGGCUGCUGAUUCAAUUCGGCUCAGCCCUGGAGAGUGUACUUUUGAAAAAGAUGAGUGUGUGUUUACCCAGAAGAAGAGAGGCCGUGGGAGUUGGCACAGGAGGAGGGGUCCAACUCCCACUUCUUACACUGGUCCGAAAGGAGACCACACUACUGGGGUAGGAUACUACAUGUAUAUAGAGGCAUCUGACAUGGUCUAUGGACAGAGAGCAUAUCUUGUUUCAAGAUUACUAAGAGGAAUAUCUGGAAAACAGUGCUUGACAUUUUUCUAUCACAUGUAUGGAGCUGGGACUGGAUUAUUAAGUGUUUAUCUAAAAAAGGAAGGGGAUGAUGAAGAGAUUCCUUUGUGGAGGAGGACUGGGGAACAAAGCAUCUCAUGGCUAAGAGGACUGAUAGAAUAUGAAAGUGAUAGAAACUACCAGAUUAUUUUUGAGGUGAUCCGUGGUGUUUCAAUGAGAAGUGACACUGCUAUUGAUGAUGUUCUGUUCCAGGCAGGACCCUGUUUAGAAGUGGAAGAAAUUCAGUUCUCAUCAGGAUAUCCUGACAGCUUAAAUGAAAUUGAGUAUUAAAUACAGUCUGCUGAAAGAAAGUGCAUAGAAGAUGUGUAUGUGAGAAACUGCACAAACUGCCUAUUUUAAAAUAUGUUUUAAGUAAAUACUGGACUGGUUUGAAUAUGCACCAGUAUAUAGGAAGAACUUGGAGCACUCAUGUUCCUCACCUUUGCAAUGAAAUUAUUGACUCAGGGCUUCUUAGACCGUAAUUUUUAAAAAUAUUUUUUCCUCUUUUGCAUGAGGUAUCAGUUAUUGCAUAAAUCUUCCCAUUUUGCACAGAUCAUUCAUAUAAUUUUUUUUUAACCUUUCUGGUAUAUAAGUAAAAAGAGGAAAGUAAAGUUGCACAAUUAAAAUCCAAUAUUGUGUUAUCUUAAAUCUGCAUUCAAUGAAUGUUUUGUGUUGGGGAUAGAAUGGAUUUUUGUUAUGAAAAUUAUAAAUAUUUUGAAAUAAGAAAGAAAAUAGUGCUAGCUACUAGUAAUAGCCUAAAGGUUCAGUGCAAUUAUUCAUGACGACGGAUCUCUCUGGGAAACUUAAUACUCUGCUGGCAAUUUUUUGUGAUACUGUAUUAUUUUACUAUAACAAAUAUAUUUGUCAUCCUUGCCAAUAGCAAACUCAGUUUUAGUAUUCAGUAUAAUCCAGCAUAAGCUGGAUAUAUGAAAUUAAACCCUUUGAAGCUACAUGUUUUCUGGCAUGCAAGUCUUGUUGUUUGGGGUAUUUUUAUUUGAUCAGUUUGUACACUCACAGAGAAAGCACUUAUACUUUACCCAGCCACACAUGCGUGCAUUUAUAUUAAUAGGAAACUUAAUUCACACAUCUUGUUAUUUUUUAAGUUUUCAUGUAUUUGUGUGUAAGGGUUUUUUUGAAAUUAUUAUAACUUCCUAAUAAAAUGUAACUUUGAAUAUCA